CGAAAACAAACUAUAUAAACCGACUCCCGCUGUUUUAGCACCCCCGCGUCCUCUCUCAGUCUCACCUCAAACUGAACCUUUCUCUUUCUCUUCUUUCUCUCUUCAUGGAUUCCACAAAACGUAGUUCGGCGAUCAUUAUCGGCGCUGGAAUCUCAGGUAUAUCCGCGGCGAAGCAACUCGCCGAUAAUGGCGUUGAAGAUAUCGUCAUUCUCGAAGCUUCCGACAGAAUCGGUGGUCGAAUUCGGAAAGAACAUUUCUCUGGAGUUCCGGUCGAACUCGGCGCCGGUUGGAUUGCCGGCGUCGGGGGUAAUGAGACGAACCCAGUCUGGGAACUCGCCAACCGGGCCGGUUUACGCACUUGCUUCUCCGAUUAUAGUAAUGCUCGCUAUAAUAUCUAUGACCGAGGUGGGAAGAUAUUUCCGAGUGGAAUUGCUGCUGAUUCGUACAAUAAAGCGGUUGACUCGGCGAUUCAACGACUCAACAAUGAAGCUGAUAACACGAAUGAGCCUCCCAAUUCGCCGAAAACACCAAUAGAAUUGGCAAUUGAUUUCAUCCUCCAUGAUUUUGAAAUGGCCGAGGUGGAACCAAUAUCAACAUAUGUUGAUUUUGGAGAAAGGGAAUAUCUGGUUGCUGAUGAAAGAGGGUACGAGUAUUUGUUGUACAAGAUGGCUGAAACGUUCCUAUUGACUUCUGAUGGCGAGUUAUUGGAUAAUCGGCUUAAACUGAACACGGUUGUUCGGGAAAUACAAAACUCGAGGAGCGGCGUUACCGUCAAAACAGAAGAUGGUUCCAUCUACGAGGCUAAUUACUUAGUUUUGUCAGUUAGCAUUGGCGUACUCCAAAGCGAUCUAAUUUCUUUUCGGCCACCUUUACCAAGGUGGAAGACAGAAGCCAUUGAGAAAUGUGACGUGAUGGUAUAUACAAAAAUCUUCCUCAAGUUCCCAUAUAAGUUUUGGCCCUCUGGACUAGAGAAAGAGUUUUUCAUAUAUGCACAUGAGAGGAGAGGCUACUACACAUUCUGGCAGCACAUGGAUAAUGCCUAUCCAGGAUCUAAUAUCCUUGUUGUAACAUUAACAAAUGGUGAGUCCAAACGUGUUGAGGCUCAAGCUGACGAAGAGACUCUCAGAGAAGCCAUGGAAGUUCUUAGUGAUAUGUUUGGGUCUGACAUACCAUAUGCGACAGACAUACUUGUUCCUCGCUGGUGGAAUAACAGAUUUCAGAGGGGCAGCUAUAGCAAUUACCCAAUUAUUUCCAACAAUAAACUUGCACGAGACCUUAAGGAUCCAGUAGGACGCAUCUUUUUCUCAGGAGAGCAUACAAGUGAGAGGUUUAAUGGCUACGUUCAUGGAGGAUAUCUCGCAGGUAUUGACAGUGCAAAUGCUUUGUUGCAAGAAAUGACGAUAGAAAAGGGAAGAAAAAGUGACAGUAGUCAACCUUUUCUAUUAGAGCCCUUGCUAGCAUUAACAGGAUCUUUGACAUUAUCUCAAACUGAGAAAGUGUCAAACCUUCAUAAGUACGAGUUGCCUAGGCAAAUAUUCCUCGGCAGUAACCUAGGAUUGCCAGAAGCCAUCUUAUGACUAAAUGGACCAAUCACUGAAGAAUUAGUUGGAUUCAAAUGAACAGCAGGGCAGGCUCAGGUGCACAAGGCAUAAGUUAAAAUUGAAAAAUAGUGACUCGGGAAACGGGAGCUGUGUGCAUAUUUGAUGUAUAAUUAUAUAAAGUCUAAUUUGAUUAAGUGAAACAGUAUAUUAUUCAGAUUUGGUGAUAUUUAGAUAGGAGUAAAGAUGAUUGAUUCAAGUGAUUUUGGGUAGAGUUGACUAGUUUUGUAUUAUGUAUGUGGUUACCCCAAGGUAACUUUGUUAUUGUAUGAACAUUAGUUACGUUGAAAACUACAAGGUGACAUUUUAAUACAAAUGCUAAUACAAAUGUGAA